AUGAAGGGAGACUCAGCUGAUAUGUCAACAGGUGAGGAAAAAUCUUCCACAGAAAAGGAAAUGUUAGAAUUUGGGAGGCAAAACUCCAUUGAAGGUCAAUAUCUGGACAAACAUAAUACCCUUGACCACCAGAUUACCCGGCUUAGAGAAAUGGUUGCAAGAGAUGAGUUCAGAAGAAGAAGAAACAAGCUAAUUCGAAACCCAGAGAAAAUGAAAAAAGCGAGGUUGGAGGUCGAUAAACUCAUGCAAAACAACAACAAUGGAAGCAUACAAGAAUCUAAUAUCUCUCAACUCACGUACCUACAAGCUGUGAUUAAAGAAACUAUGAGACUUCAUCCUCCUGCCCCUUUUCUUAUCCCUCGCCAAGCCAUGCAUGACGUUGCUAUUCAUGGUUUUGUUGUGCCUAAAAAUGCACAAAUUUUGUGUAACGUUUGGGCUAUGGGUCGAGACCCAAACAUAUGGUCAGACCCAGAAAUGUUCAUGCCUGAGAGAUUUUUGGACGUGAAGAUUGACUAUAAAGGCCAAAAUUUUGAGCUUAUUCCAUUUGGUGCAGGAAGGAGGAUGUGUCCAGGGUUGAAUCUGGCUAAUAGAAUGCUACACAUAAUAUUAGCAUCUUUAAUUCAUAAGUUUGAUUGGAAGGUUGUGGGAAAUACGAGACCUGAAGAUAUUGAUAUGGAAGAAAAAUACGGGAUCACAUUGCAAAAGGCUGAACCACUCAUGGUCAUCCCUAUGAAACUGUGA